AUGCCAACGGACGACGAGUGUUGGCUUCUCGGUGCUAUAAGGGAUGGCAACGUGGCUGACGUCCAACGUUAUCUCAACAAACGCAACGUCAACUGCACAGACUGCAGUGGUUGGACACCAUUGCACUACGCUGCUUCCAAGGGUCAUGUGGACGUCGUCCGCCUCUUGCUUGACAAAGGCGCCAAGUUUGACGCGUGUACGACGGAUGGCUCGACGCUAUUGCACUGCGCUGCUUCCAAUGGUCAUGUGGACGUCGUUCGCCUCUUGCUUGACAAAGGCGCCGAUGUGGACGCGUCCAAUGCGAAUGGUUCAACACCACUGCACCAUGCCGCUCAAGCCAACAAACCAGAAAUGGUCCAAUUGCUCUUGGAAAAAGGCGCCAAAGUCGACGCCAAAAACAGAGAGGGCAAAACGCCGCUUGAGGUCGCAGAAGCACGCGGUUCUAAUGAUCCCGUCGCUACGGUUUUACGCGACUAUCUUCACAUGCAAAGUCAGCUCUUUGACGCACUGCGCGAGAAUCGCAUUGAUGACGCUAUGCGCAUUCUCCAAAACAACUUUUAUCACGUCAACCUCCGUGACAGCUCUGAGACACCGUUGCUGCACUUGGUCAUGGCAACGCAAGAUCUGUCGCUGCUUCAAACGUUGCUUCAAAAACCUGACCUCAAAAUCGAUGCCAAAGACUCGACGGGUCGCACGGCUCUUGCAGUCGCCAUUACCGAUGACAACGCCGAGGUGGUUCAGGCGCUGCACCAAGCAGGCGCAUCCAUCCAUCUCGUCGAUAUCCCACCUAGCGACCUGAGUCUCCGUGCUUCCACGCCAGUCUUGGUCGCCGCUUUGCACCAAGCAGCCUCCAUCAACGACGGCAGUACGGCGGCUCAACUAUUGCGUCUGGGCAUCAGCUGCUCGUUGGCCAACGAGAAUGGCGAGACGGCGUGGCAUGUGGCGGCGGCAAAGGGGCAUAUGUCCAUCAUCACGAUGCUGCUCCAACAAGAGACCAAGAACGAGAACGGCAUCAACACACUCAACCAUGCGGGAGAGUCACCCCUUUUUGUCGCUGCUGCCGGCGGCCAUGCCGACGCUGUCGAGGCCCUUAUCCUUGGCAACGCAAGCAUGCACUGCGUCUCGAAUACUGACGCGACGUUGCUGCACGCGGCCAUCCUUGGCGGCAACACGAGCGUCCUGGACCAACUCUUCUUGUUUUGCAGCGAUGCCAAAGAUGCUUGCGACGAGAUGGGACAGACACCGCUGCAUGUCGCGGCUGCCAAGAAUCUCGUUAAUGCCGUGAAGUACCUCGUCAAGGCCAAGGCCAACGUCUUUGCAACGACAAUCACGGGCAAGACGCCAUUGAUGCUAGCGACCGACCGCCGCGUCAUCGCCAUAUUGCAACAGGCUCAAAGCAAGGGCAAGCAGAAGAAAAAUCUGCUCUCGGACGCCGAGCUCGACCAACUCGUCGAUCGUAUCUGCGACUCGGAGGCGAUGCUGAGCAAACUUGUCGAGCGAAUUUGCAACCGCCUCGACGUCGGCCUUGAAGCGUCGAAGAACCCGGUGGAUCGACCCGAGGGCACUCAAAGCGCAAACGCGCGUGUCCAAGCUGUGUACGUCAACGACGCCAGCCAAGAGCGAACGCUGGUGACCGACGACAGGGAUUCCAACGCUGCGAACGAGGCGGGCGACUCUCCUCUGCAUCUCGCAGUGCAAGCCAACGACCACAAGACGUUGGCGGCGCUGUUGCGAACGCCCGGCAUCCAAGUUGACGUCCGCAAUGCGGCGGGCGUGACGCCGAUGGUUUUGGCCAUCCAAAUGGGCCACCGACGCCUUGCGACGAUGCUCCAGACAGCUGCGCACCGUGUCAUCCCCAGCGUGCUAGCCACGGACAUCGAGCUGGAUCAAUCUUGUCCAAUCUAUGGUACUGUGUACAAGGGCACAUACAAGGGCCGUGUCGUCGCCAUCAAAACGCCUGUCGACGUGUCCUCCGCCCAAGCAAUCGUCCACGAGAUGGAGACCAUGCAGCAGUGCAACUCGCCGUACGUGCAGCAGCUGCUCGCCGUCUCGGAUGUCACCACAUCGAGUCCCAAGCUCGUGCUCGAGUACAUGGACGCGGGGGAUUUGCGCAGCUACCUUGACGCCAAGCGACUCGGUGAGCCCACCAAGGUCAACGUCUCUCCACUGCAAGUCGCAUGGGUGCUGGCGAAUGCGCUCGCCGAUUUCCAUCACAAUGGCGUCUUCCACCACGACCUUGAGAGCUACAACGUCCUUCUCUCCUCGACCAACUACAUAAAAGUCGCGAACCUCGGUUCUGACCUCGAGUCGGACGCGACAGCGGGCAAGAGCACACCGUACUGGACAGCGCCCGAGGUGCUUGCAUCGACGAGCAACUACACCAGCGCCUCCGACGUCUACUCGUUUGGCGUCAUCUUGACCGAGCUGGACACGCUUCAGCUGCCUUAUCACGAUGCCAAGGGCCUUGGGUACUGGGGUAUCAUCGACGGCGUGCGUCUCGGCAACCUCCGUCCGACAGUAAGCACCAACUGUCCGCCUUGGCUGCGUCAACUCGCCGACGCCUGUCUCUCGUUCGAUCCGACGCAGCGUCCGUCCGCGCAAAUGCUAGUCGAGUCUCUCCAAAAGCUGCUCGGUCGCAGCGAAGAGGAGCUUUUAGCGCUUAUCGUGCCGGCGCCAACGACCAAGCUUGCCGAGCCACGAGCUGUGAGUAGCCCCGAGUCAAUCCUGUCUACCAAGAGCCCAGAGCCCUUUAUCAAGCCGCCAGCAAGCGCAACGUCUACCGACGACAAUAGCGAGGCGGCUGUCGUCGCACCCGCGCCCUGCUAUGCCCCUCCAGCGUCCACUGGCACGGCGUCGAUGCUUGUGAGCACGCAUUUCGUGUGCCAGCUCUGUUUCGCAUCCAACUCGCUUCCCCAGACGCACUGCGAGACUUGUGCCGAAGAGGUCGCUUCCGUCGCGCUCAAGUUCCAGGUCCUUUUGAAGCGCGUGGCGGUUGCCAAGAAGAACGGAUCGAGGAUCUACGAUGGUCUUGUCUGCAUCUGCUGCGGCGCGCCGCAAUCCAUGGAAGCAACGGCCUGUAGCGAAUGCAACGAAGCACUUCCCAACGACCAAGCAAAACUCAACAUCCUUCUGCGACGCAUUGAAAAAACGACCAAGUCGACGACGUAG